CUUCAGCUUCUCCCUGUCGCACGCAGAUUCUCGCUGUCAACUGCACCUGCAACCAUGGCCGACGCUCCCGUUACCCUGCGGACUCGCAAGUUCAUCCGCAACCCCCUGCUUGCUCGCAAGCAGAUGGUCGUGGAUGUCCUCCACCCCAACCGCGCCAACGUCUCCAAGGACGAGCUCCGCGACAAGCUCGCCGACCUGUACAAGUCCAACAAGGACCAGGUCUCCGUCUUCGGUUUCCGUACGCAGUACGGUGGUGGUAAGAGCACUGGCUUCGCUCUCAUCUACGACUCCCAGGAGGCCCUGAAGAAGUUCGAGCCCCUCUACCGUCUGGUCCGCAUCGGUGCUGGCACAAAGGUCGAGAAGCCCAGCAGACAGCAGCGCAAGCAACGGAAGAACCGCUCCAAGAAGUUCCGCGGUACCGCCAAGACCAAGGGCCCCAAGAAGAACAAGGACUAAGCGGAUCGUCACGAUGGAAUUCCGUGCGGUUGAGAGAGAGGGGGGUCGUUGCAGGAUUCGAAUUCACUUUCGGAUCAUCGGAUACCUUACUACUCGGACGACGACGAAGAAUUAGAAGAUGGAGAAGAAGACGAUCGUCGACACGCGGACCCGGGCCUGAAGUGAAAAAUGGAGAAAGGAAAAAAUUGUUACAAUUUUUUUUUUACUUAUUCCCUGCUGGAUAUGAAGGGGGAAAAGGAAAAAAAGGAAGGGAACACUGGGUUGGUGUGUGUGGUUGUCGUGUGUGUAUGUGAAUGAGGGCGUUAUCAUCAAACUCGUUUCAUGGUUUCUUUUUAACUCUCCCUCUAUUCUACUUACCGUAUUGGGGCGGGCACCGCAUAACCCGCCUGUGUUUUCCUUGUUUUCUCGUUUUCCUCUUUUCUUUUUCCCUCUAUCAUAUCACGAAUUCCCCCUCCCUCUUAUGAAGAAUG